AGAAAUAUUCCUGGCUGAUGGUAUAAUGUAUCUCGGUGGUUGGAGAGUUGCAGCGCGAUUAAUUGGCGUUUAACACGCUCAACCAAUUUGGGCGGAGAGGUUGUUUGACCGCAUUUUAUGUUUUUGACAACGAAAGAGGAUUAAGCUUGAAGGCGCUUUCCAUUUUCAAAGCCGAUACAGUCGCUGUCACUGUUUAGUAGAUGCCAUCCCGGGUAGAUCGGUAGCGACCUUCACUUUCCACUCAAGAGCUGGAUAAACAAAAGAGAGAUUGCGUUUUCACAUCCACAUUUCUGACUGACAUUUCCGAACAGGAUGGGAGUUUUGCUGCGGGGGUGCCUGCUGCUAUCCAUUUUAACUUUCGCCGCCAGUGUGGAUUUCCAGCUGGGACCUAAAGCGGCGAGAGAGUCGAAUUUUGUGCGGCUCUCCAACACACCGGGGAGAGCAUCGAGGAUCACAAAGAGGUCUACACGGCUGGCUCCGGCUGCAACCGAACACAAGCUAACGAAGAGGAGUGCGGUGGCUGGCGAGUCCUGCACGGCUCUCAGAGCAUUCGAAGCCAAGUUAAAGAGCAACACCCAUAAGCACACCUUCAAUGACCUGAGUGGCUCUGUGUCACUGGCCUGGGUGGGAGAUGGCACUGGGGUUAUUUUGGCGUUGACAACUUAUCAGGUCCCGUUCUUCAUGCUAAAGCUAGGACAGUCUAAACUGUACCGGAGUGAGAACUAUGGAAAGACAUUUGAGGACGUCACCGAGAUGAUCAAUAACACCUUCAUCAGAUCAGAGUUUGGCAUCGCCAUCGGUCCAGAUAAUUCCGGCAAAGCGAUUCUCACAGGUGAAGUGUCGGAAGUCUUUGGGCCGCCCAAAUCUCGGAUAUUUGUGUCCAGUGACUUUGGGAAAACUUUCACGCCCAAAGAUCUGCCCUUCAUUCCCCUCACACAGAUCUCAUACAACCCAGAAAACGCCAAUGUGCUGAUGGUCCUCAGCAACAAUAAUGACUUGUGGAUUUCAGAGGAUUUUGGCGAUAAGUGGAGGAAAAUACACGACACUGUUUGUUUAGUGAAAUGGGGACGGAAAGGCACAAUUUUCUUUUCCACCAACCCCAAUGGAUCCUGCAAGGACCAGGGCGUUCUUGUGCUCAUGAGGGCAACCAAUCAUGGAAAAGUGAUCAAGACAGUCGCCAGUAAAAUCUACUCCUUUGGAAUGGGUGGUCGCUUCCUCUUUGCUUCAGUGAUGACAGGCAAGGGGACGCUGAGGAGCAUCCAUGUGUCCGUGGACUCAGGAGAGACUUGGAACAUGGCCCAGUUGCCUCCCGUUGGGCACGAGCAGUUUUACUCCAUCUUGGCAGCCAGCGAUGAAAUGGUCUUCAUGCAUGUCGAUGAGCCAGGAGAUACAGGUUAUGGCACCAUUUAUGUAUCGGAUGACAGAGGAAUCGUUUACUCCAAGUCUCUUGAGCGCCACCUUUACUCGGUCGCCGGAGGUGACACUGACUUCACCAACGUCACAUCUCUGCGGGGAGUUUUCAUCACCAGCAUUUUGGAUGAAGCAAUGAAUGUUCAGACGGUGAUCUCGUAUGAUAGAGGUGGAGAGUGGACUCCACCCCAAAAACCAGCAGACAGCAAGUGUGACGUGACAGUCAAAGACCCAAACAAGUGCUCCCUUCACAUCCACGCUGCUUACAGCAGGCUGAAUGUUCCCAUGCUGCCGCUCUCAGAACCCAACGGUGUCGGAAUCAUCCUGGCGCACGGGAGUAUUGGCGACACCAUCUCAGUGAUGACUCCGGACGUGUACGUGUCUGACGACGGCGGGUACACCUGGCUACAAGCUCUUGUUGGACCCCAUCACUAUGCUAUUCUGGACUCUGGUGGUCUGCUGGUCGCUGUGGAACAGAACAACAACCAGCCAGUUGACAAAGUCAAGUUUUCCACGGAUGAAGGCCAGUGCUGGUCCACCUACACCUUUACAUCAGAAGCCAUCUACUUCACGGGGCUCGCAUCAGAACCAGGAGCUCGCUCCAUGAACGUCAGCAUUUGGGGCUACCGGGACUCUUUGAUCAGCCAGAAUUGGGUUUCUGUCACCAUCGACUUCAGAGAUCUCCUAACCAGAGACUGUGUGGAUUCCGAUUAUGUGCCGUGGUUGGCUCACUCUGAUGACAUCAGCGAUCCCAACGACGGUUGCAUGCUGGGGUAUAAAGAGAAGUUUCUGCGACUCAGGAAGGAUUCCGUCUGCUGGAACGGACGGGAUUACAUGAUCAACACCCAGCCGACACCCUGCCCCUGCACUCUGGACGACUUCCUCUGUGACUUUGGAUAUUACCGGAAAGAGAACAGCUCGAUCUGCGAGGAGCAGCCUGACCUGCAAGGCACAAUUCUCGAGUUUUGCCUGCACGGCAAGGAAGAGCAGCUGGUGACAAGCGGCUACAGGAAGAUCCCUGGAGACAAAUGUGAAGGUGGGAAAAUGCCAGAGCGGAAAGUGAUAGAUCUGAGUGAGAGAUGUGUGAGCGACAUGUCGGAACCAGAUUUGGUGUCCGACCAUCACAAGUCAGUGGCCAUAGUGACGACAGUCAUCAUCAUCCUCCUGCUGAGUGUCGCCGGAGGAUUCAUCUUCAUCAAGAAAUACGUCUGUGGUGGCAGAUUCCUGGUGCACAGGUACUCUGUGCUGCAGCAGCAGCAUGUUGAGGACAAUGCGGCUGAUGGGAUGGACGACCCUCUAGACACGGACCACACUCACAACGGCAAAAUAGAGUUCCACGAUGACUCUGACGAGGACAUGCUGGAAUAACCUGAAAUACUCCUGCACGGCGGACUUUCCUUUGUGGCAGGUUCUGUCACCCUCGCAGCUCCAGCUAUUUCGUCUUUCACCUGCUGAACCUUCUCCUGAGCGGCAGACCGGGAGUGUGCGUGUCACCGGUGUGUCACUCUGCUGUGAAGUUUUGAAUGUAUGAGGGUGUCCCGGUGACACCGUUCGGAAGAAGCCUGUUCGUGUUUUUAUUAUUUCAGUGGUUGAUUUUAUUUAUUCAGUCAUUUAAACUGCUGACAGCUUGGUGGGAUAUGAAGGUGUAUAAAUCCAGCUCCAUGGCUUUACGGGUCCUGCCUCACUCCUCUGAUGAAAGCUGAGUGCUCUUUUCCCAUCACGCUCUUGUACAUAACCUGUCAUUGCUGUUUUUAAUCUGGUUUCUUCCUGCUGGCUGUGAAAGGGUUGCUGGAUGAGUUCCUUACAAAUGUUCCUAUUUUUAUGAAGUAUUUUCCCAUGGAAGCAAACUUUUCCAUCUGAGAAUUGAUUCACUUUUAACAAGUCAGAUCAGAGAAAUAGUUUCUACCAGCAAUAACGGUAACUUGCAUGGCGACACACGAAUCUGUACAGUAGGGUUCAGAUUGUUUUCAGCGUGACGUCUAUUUCCAACCAACAUUUUGUUUGAUUCUGCAGUCGUAGCUGCCUAAAAGCACAAUAACUUUUGUAUCCUGUGAGUUUUCAUCGUCCACGUGACCUCAUGGUUUCCUGCAAUACGUGUGGUUUUGUCUGGUUUCACUGAAUGACAUUCAUAUUUAAAUAGCAAUAACACACUGGAGAAAAUGAAGAAAUCAAAAAGCUGUGGCAGUUAUUUGUUGUGAAGGAAUAUUUUUGAGUUUCAGCUGUAGUUUGUUAAAAACGGUACCAGGUCUGUUUUGUUUUUCAUGAUACUACUGAGAUGAAGCAGGGUUUAAAAAGUGCCUGGUGUGAGGAUUUUAAUGUGACCAGCAUCAAUUUUUACCUCUUGUUUUACGGCUAUUGCAACCGCGAAGUUUGUCAGUGGAAACCCAAUUUGCACUUCCCCAAAAAUGAAUUGAUAUGUUCCACAAGACCCCCCCCAUUCAAUCGCAUGUCAGCUCUUCUCUCGCACGUGAAGAUUCUGGUAUACAAAGGAUCAUUUGAAGCACAGUCACCUGUUUCAAACACUGGAUCACUUAAUGAAUCAUUGCAAUGAUUUUGUAAAUAUUCAAGUUGGCAUCUUUAUAUCUGCUACAUAUUUCUCAUCUGUAUAUUUUAGGCGUUUUCCUUUGGGUUUGCUAAUAAAUGAAUGUUCCUUUACACUU